UUCUCAGCUUUGCUAAACUCAUCUAAACAGGUCACUCUCCGAUUCUUCGUAUUGGAACAUUCAAUUGAUCGAUUUGGUCUUAACCAAUUUCUUGGAUUCCAGUUGUGAGCAAGAAAGUGUCAAAGAAAUGGCUGGGCACAAGAUCGCACACGCAACUUUAAAAGGCCCAAGUGUUGUGAAGGAGUUAGUUAUCGGUCUCGCACUCGGGCUAGCGGCUGGUGGGCUAUGGAAGAUGCACCACUGGAACGAGCAGAGGAAAACAAGAGCCUUCUAUGAUUUGCUUGAGAGAGGCGAGAUUGGUGUUGUUGUGGCAGAGGAAUGAAUAGUAAAGAGAUGUUAUUCUCCAACAAUAAGUGCUUCCACUCAUGUAACUGGUUUGGCAAUGACGAUUAUUUCAAUGUAAUAGGGUUAAAAACCCAGACGUCGUUUGAUCUCAUUAGUUUCAGCUUCAGCUUCAGGCAGUGUAACAUACGAUGACUUCUAGUUUCUCAUCACACAAAAGAGACGAGUACUGUAUGUCUAAAUGAUUGAAAAUAAAAAGUAAAAUUGACACAAAA